AUGCUUGCCGCAACGAAAGCAGUCACCUUUAUCUUAGCAGCUCUUAUAGCUGCCAUGAUCCUGCCACUGCCCUCCAGUGCAGCGUUCACAAACGAACCCGAAUUGGACCAGGACAGACCCAAUACCAACUUUACGGCUUUGUUUAAGGCUUUUCUGGACAUGGGCAAUGCCAUCUUUGGUGACUGGGCGCCGGAAAGGGUGAUAGAGGACUUUAUCCGGGAAUCGGAACGAUGA